AAGAGAAGAAAUGCUUCAUCUGACGUGGGAAACGUCGGAUUUAAAAUGAGGCAGCUUCCAUUUUUGGGAGUUAUUUUUACAGUUAUGUUGUACAUUGUGUAUAGAACCACAAAUUAUCAAUACUACGAGACAGAGAUUGAAACCAAAUUGCACCCUUUCGAAACAGUAGAGGAUAAUGAAUUGCCUUCCAGGAUAUCAAGAGAUUUGCCUCGUGGCAUUAUGCAAUCUCAUUCAGAUUUGGAACUAAAGCCUCAAUCGUCAAAGAAUUCACCAUCUAAAGUCAAUGUUACCACAAAUAACUUGCUGGCAAUGCCAGUUGGAAUUAAACAAAAGGAAAAUGUUGACAGUGUUGUGCGAAAGUUUUUUGCAGCGAAUUUUACCAUUAUUUUAUUCCAUUACGAUGGUAAAGUGGAUGGAUGGUGGGAUUUUGAUUGGUGUGGCAAAGCCAUUCACAUAGUGGCUCAUAACCAAACAAAGUGGUGGUUUGCGAAGCGUUUUCUACAUCCAGAUAUUGUGUCAAUUUAUGACUACAUAUUUCUUUGGGAUGAAGAUUUUGGGGUGGAGCAUUUCGAUCCAAGAAGGUAUCUAGAAAUAGUGAAGUCAGAAGGGUUAGAGAUUUCUCAGCCUGCUUUAGACCCAAAGUCAAUGGAAAUACACCACAGAAUCACUAUACGUGCUAGAAUGAAGAAGUUUCAUAGGAGAGUCUAUGGACGUAGAGAUAGAACAAGGUGUUCAAAUAUGAGGGAGGGGCCACCAUGCUCCGGAUUUGUGGAGGGAAUGGCUCCCGUGUUCUCCAGAGCUGCCUGGUUUUGUGCAUGGCAUCUCAUACAGAAUGAUCUUGUUUACGGAUGGGGAAUGGAUAUGAAACUUGGGUAUUGUGCACAGGGUGAUCGAACAAAGAACGUGGGGGUGAUUGAUAGAGAGUGCAUUGUUCAUAAGGGCAUACAAACUUUGGGUGGGACAGGAGAGCUCCCAUCGAGGAAAUCCAGAAAGAGUAGUAGGGCUUCGAGUCGAGCUUCACGUUUCGAUCCACGAGCUGAGAUUCGCAGGCAAUCCACAUGGGAACUUAAAGUCUUCAAAGAGCGAUGGAAUAAAGCCGUAGAACAAGACAAACAUUGGGUGGAUCCAUUUCCGAGGCAACCGAGGCGAAGAAACAAACGUCAAAGCAAAGUUUUUGACCUUUAUGGGUAAUCAAAGCCAUCUAUG